AUGUCUGUCGAUGGCGGUGGCAUCAGCAAUGACCCUGAUAAGCAGACGACCGUCUCGGCCAUGGAGGAAAACUACUGCCUGCACGGCCGAGAGCAAUUUCAAAAUCAGUGGGCGCGCACUGGCGUGUUCUCUCCCGCUUCACUGCGUGUGUACGGCGUCACCGGGGAGCCCGUGCUGAUGCGCUCCAUCAAGCAAGUACGCAUGUUGGGGGCCACGUUUGGCACGUGCUUUCUCGGCCGCUUUCCGCAGUCCAAGUUGCCGCUGUCCCUCGAGGACAACGGUCCCACCGCCGUCACGCAGCGCGGCAGUCUCUACGAUUCAUUGCCCUUUAGCUCUCUCUUACUGGGCCCAUGCCCUCCGUCGAACAUGAUGGCUGAUCCCCGCAUGCUGGACCAGGCGUGGAGCAGGGAGGUGGCCGGGACGUGGAGUGCGCUGCACAUGCCAUCGGAGUGGUGCCAGACGAUGAACGGCGUCGUGACGGAGAUAAGUUGGUCCACGCGUGCGCAGCGGCAGCGUAUUGCAGAGCAGCUUGAGCUCGCCGCCUUCAUGUGCCUACGCGCCGUGCAGGUACCGUUGCCGUUCUACGCCACUGACACACCAUGGUCCUGCGAUGACGACAGCAGUGAUGAGAAAGACAAGGACGGAGGCACCACAAUGGGCACGCGUGGCAGCACGCAGACAAUUAGCGCUGAAGAGGCGAAUCAGCGCAACGUCCGCGCUGCCUGUCUUGCCGCGGAUGUCGUGCUGUCGUUUAUUCAGCAAUGCCCCAGGGUGAAGGUGUGGGUACGCUGCGAUGCCUGCAACCCUGCCCAUCGCUACCAGCUACAGCGCCUCCGCCAGGCCGUUCUAUACGGCUACUCUACUCACAGGAAGGACACAGAGCAAUUGAUGUACCGCAUCAAUACACCGUGUAGCGUCACCAACAUGGCGACGAGCUUUAUGUCUGAUGCACUGCCAUCGUCUUCGUCUCCGUGUUGCAGGGUGGUGCAUACGGAGGCCGCUGCAUCGUUGAUGGCGCUGCUCUACUACUCAACGUGGAACCCGCGCAUGCUGCUGCCAAGCGAGUGGUUCGGCGAGGACGUUGUUGGCUUUGAGUGCCCUACUGCCUCGGCACUGCUAGCGUGUCUGGCACCACACGGAGUCGCGCCGCAGGAACAUCCGCACUACCGCCUUAGCACCACUUUGGCGGAGAAAGACGCUGAAGAGGCGCAGGAGUAUGAGUACCAAAACAACGCCUACCACGACGAGGACGGCGCGCCGCUCCAGCGCACGCCGCCAGCCUGCCUCGACGGCGAGAGUGAGGCGAGCCAAGCGGACUACUCGCUCGGUGACGGGUACGAUAGUGUGACAGAGCACGAAGCGAGCCACCCCGCCGACUCGGGUGCGGUGGCGGCUAAUGGCAGCCCCGGCUCGGCCCCCGCCUCAUUCUCGGAGAAGGCGGCUGACUGUCGCCGCUCUGAGGUGCUACAGCACCGCUACACCUACGUGAUGCCAGAGGAUCUUCAGCCGACUGUGGCCUCCCGCUGGGCUGGCACCUACCCGCCCUUUGUCAGCGCGCUGACCUUCAUUGUGGAGCUGCUGCGCCGGCGCGUGAUGCCGGUGUUUGAUCGCACUUUCUUUGACCAGUACGCGCUACUCAACUACCUCCAUUUCAAGGCCGUCGAGGAGCCGACCCGGGACGUCUUCGCCUCCUUCGAGGGCCAACUGCAGCUGCCCCUUCAGCCACUGAGCCAACACCUGUCGAGUGGCGUCUACGAAGUGUUCGAGCGCGACGCACAAAAAUAUCGGCAGUACCGCGAGGCAGUCUUUCACUACGUGCGGGACUGGUACGCCGCUGGGGUGGAGCAGCAGCACGCGCAGCAGAACAGCGAGUUCUUCGCGAAGCACGGUGUCAUGAAGCGGGUGCCGGUGCCCUCGGCGGACGAGCGGACACUUCACCUCGUGCUUCUCGGCUGCGGCCGCGGCCCGCUGAUUGAUGAGUGCCUCAACGCUGUCUCUGCGCUGGGCGUGCGACUGCGCAUCUUCGCCAUUGAAAAGAAUCUCCCAGCUGCCUCCUUCACGCGUAUGCGGUGGGCGAAUGACCCAGAGUGGACGCAGCUGGCCUACACCUUUGGCCACACGCUCGAGGUGAUCGUCGCCGAUGGGCGCGCCAUUGCAACUGCGGAGGAAAAUAACUCGCUCACCUUGCCGGCGGACUUUGGUCUAUGCGACCUCAUUGUGUCUGAGCUGCUCGGGAGUCUGGGCGACAACGAACUUAGCCCGGAGUGCCUGGAGGCCUUCCACGCCCAGCUCAAGGACAUCCAGCACCGCCGCGGUAUUGCCUUCAACCCGUACCUCACGUGCAUUCCACAGCAAUAUACUGCUUGGGUGGCGCCGCUCAUGUCCGCCAGCUUUGAUGCCGCGGUGAUGGAGGCGGCAGCGAGGGGGUUGACAGUGCCGCCGCCAGGCUGCAGCGACCACCACGCCGCCCUUCACCACACGCUGCUUGUCACUAAUCUCAGCAGGGCGGUCACGCUGGCGCCCCCGCAACCGUGCUGGACCUUCGAGCACCGGUUCAGCAGCAGCUACGACGACAAGCGCGACUACGGCACGAUGAAGCAGCAGGUGCCCGUGUUGCUGGAGCGGUCGGCGAGUCUUCUCUUUGAAGUGCCGCCGCGCGGCCGCUGCAGCGGCUUGGCUGGAUACUUCUCCGCCGUGCUCUACCAGUCGGCGACCGCGCCAGCCACGAUCAUCGCCACCACCCCUGCUCAGCGGACGGAGGACAUGUACAGCUGGUUUCCCUGCGUCUUCGCGCUCGAGCCGGCCCAGCAGAUGGAGCUGCACGAAGUGGGGCAAGCGUCGGCAGAACAAAAACCCAUGGUUGCUGUUCGUGUACAGCUGGAUCGCCGGGCGAGCCUGGCGGAGCGGAAGGUGUGGUAUGAAUGGAGUGUCACCUACGGUGAUGUGGCAGCGGCUCAGAAGUCGCCGAGCGCUAGCCACGGCGCUGCGGCUGCACCGGUGGUUCACAACAAGAACGGCUGGGCUGCCUCGAUGCGCCUGUGA